AUGACUCGAAGUUCACACCCUGUUCGUGCGCACAUAUUGGACUUUGACGACGAUUUCGAACGAACUUUAAGAAGGAAGAGGAAGCAGCCAGAACUCAAUCCCUCUAAUUCUAGUUCCGAACCUGAAUCUGAAGCUGAAGUGGACUUGGAAGAGGAACAAGACAUGGCUGUAGACAAUUGA